AUGUUCGCAAGCGCCCGCCUCGUUGUUGCUGCAGCUGUCUUGUCUGCCACCAUCGCGUCAGCCCAAAGUGCUAUUUGUGCUCGCAAUUACACCGUUCACCUUGGUGAUACUUGCGACGCCAUUUCUGCGCAGCAGGGUGUCUCCACGUAUGCCACGUUCACUCAUGCGAUAAUUCAGCACACUGAGGAAACACCAUUUGCCAGAUACCAGCUUGCGUUCGUCAAUCAGGGGCGGAUAGAUGCGGCAUGCGACAACCUCGCUCUGGGAGAGCCUCUGUGCUUGGGCAUCCAAGGCCAAGACUGUGGAUCCGUGCAUGUUGUGUACUCAGGCGACAGCUGCUUGAACAUCGUUGACAGCACGGGUGUGUCCCUGACAACCCUCCUGGCCAACAACCCCAACGUCAACGCCGAAUGCUCCAACAUUUACCCCGGUGAGGUUUUAUGCACCGCCAAUCAGGUCUUCAACUAUACGACGGUCUACAAUUACACCUCUACCGCCUGAGUGGAAUACACUCGAUAAAGGGGCAAUUUCUUCUGGGUGUACGGGGCGUGUAGCUCUCGUGUGAUUAUAGCGAAUCGAUUGGUGCAAAGAUGCUACGUUGCUGUCAUAUCGUGCGGAUCAUAAUUUGAGCUGGUUUAUGGCUAUCGAUGCUGGACCAUGCAUCAAUCUUCAGCUUGAG